AAGACCUGCGGCGGGUCAGCCUUGGUGGCCGUUCUGGCCUGGUCUUCCUCCGCGGCUGACUGAACGCUCAGUCCAGCACCAUGGGGAAGCGGGACAAUAGGGUGGCCUAUAUGAACCCAAUAGCAAUGGCCAGAUCUAGGGGCCCAAUCCAGUCUUCAGGUCCAAUGAUCCAAGAUUAUCUGAAUCGACCAAGGCCUACCUGGGAAGAAGUGAAAGAACAGCUAGAAAAGAAAAAGAAAGGCUCCAAGGCAUUGGCUGAAUUUGAAGAAAAAAUGAAUGAGAACUGGAAGAAAGAACUAGAAAAACACAGGGAGAAAUUGUUAAGUGGAAGUGAGAGCUCAUCCAAAAAAAGAUCUCUCUCAUCUUCUUCAUCAAGCUCUGAUUCUUCCACCAGUUCUUCAGAUUCUGAAGAUGAGGAUAAGAGACAAGGAAAAAGGAAAAAGAAAAAGAAGAGCCGUUCACAUAAAUCUUCUGCAAGUUCCAUGUUAGAAACUGAAUCAGACAGUAAGGAUAGUUUAAAAAAGAAAAAGAAGCCAGAGGAUGCAACUGAGAAAGAAAAGGAUAUUAAAGGACUCAGCAAAAAAAGAAAAAUGUAUCCCGAAGAUAAACCUUUAUCAUCUGAGUCCCUUUCAGAAUCAGAUUAUACUGAGGAGGUACGAGCAAAAAAGAAGAAAAGCAGUGAAGAACGGGAAAAAACAACAGAAAAAACAAAAAAGAGAAAGAAGCAUAAGAAACACAGUAAGAAGAAGAAAAAGAAGGCUGCUAGUUCAAGUCCUGACUCACCAUAAUAUUAAGAAGAAUCAGGAUUCAUUUAUAAAGAAAGUGCAAUGUCUAAAGGAAAUUUCAACUGUGAAAAUUAUGACAUAUUUACUAAAAUGCAUGAAUUUUCUUGUUUUUAGAAUUAUUCCUGGACUAUCAGUAGCCACUCAGAUGCCACUGUGUGAAAGGGCCAUAAUUGUUGCCUGCUGCUUGAACAUCUGUUUUUUUCUCUUCCAGUGCUUAGUAACUCUGGGAGAUAGUACACUGCAGUCAUACUAGUGGUUAAGAUAUUUGGGAAUAAAGUUAAUAUUUUUGACUCAAAGUCUCUAAUGAUAAAUCAACAGAAACUGAGUCUGGAUACAUCAUUAAGAUGUAAUCAGAGAUGACCAGAUGACUCUAGUUAACAUUUUUUGAAGUAGGGAUUACGUUGAUGCUUAAAAAUCCUUACUCUGUAGAUAAGUGUAUUUUAAUUUUUUCCCCUUGUAUACUUUUAUUUACCUGG